AUGUUCAACCUCCGUCGCUUCAUGGCUUCUGCCAUGCUGCUCCUCGCCGUUGGCCUGGUCCUCUUCUCCCAGACCGCCGCGGCCGCCAAGGGCCCCAAGAUCACCCACAAGGUCUACUUUGACAUUCAGCAGGGCGACGAUAACCUCGGUCGCGUCACCUUUGGGCUCUACGGCAAGACCGUGCCCGAGACCACCGAGAACUUCCGUGCCCUUGCCACCGGCGAGAAGGGCUUUGGCUACGAGGGAUCUACGUUCCACCGCGUCAUCAAGGACUUUAUGAUCCAGGGCGGCGACUUCACCAAGGGCGACGGCACUGGUGGCAAGUCCAUCUACGGCAACAAGUUCAAGGAUGAGAACUUCAAGCUCAAGCACACCAAGAAGGGUCUUCUUUCUAUGGCCAACGCCGGACCCGACACCAACGGCUCCCAGUUCUUCAUCACCACUGCCAUCACCUCCUGGCUGGACGGCCGCCACGUCGUCUUUGGCGAAGUCCUCGAGGGCUACGACAUUAUUGACAAGAUCCAGAGCAGCAAGACGGCUCCCGGCGACAAGCCCGUGGACACUGUCAAGAUUACCAAGAGCGGCGAGCUGGAGGUCCCUGCCGAAGGUAUUCACGUUGAGCUCUAG